AUGCCGCCCAGUCAGAAUAAAACCAAUUUCAAGACUUACGAUGCCAGCACACGACUCUUAGCUGCCGUUAUAGGAUCCAUCAAAGGCAAGGCUCGACUUGACUUCCAUGAGCUUGCAUCUUUGAUGGGUGGAGGUACCACAGCUUCUGCCGUGGACCAUCGUCUGCGUCCCCUCAAGCACUUAGCUGAGUUGCAAGCUCAGUGGCGCGAGGAUGGCAAGGAUCCUGGCGAGUUGCCUGUUGAGCGAGGAGAAAUCCAGAAAUUCUACGGCGAGUCCACGGUAGCUGGUCUAGAGUAUCAUUUCCGCGGCAUCAAAGCGCUUAGCCGUGCCCAGGAAGCCGCAAUAGAACAAGGUGAAGACCCUGCCGCGCUUACCGCCACACCCGCAGCUCGCGGCAAAGCACCUGCUGCAGGCACUCCCGCUAGCACCGGCAACGGCAACGGCAAGCGUAAGCGUGGCGCCGCCGCUGCCCCUGCCGGCGGCGCCAACAAGAAGAAGAAAGCCGCCAUGUCCGAGGAGGACACCAACGACACGGGCUUCAAAUCCGACUACGACGCCAAAGACGCCCACUCCGACGACGACGCAUCACAACUCCCGACUCCGACCCCCAAGCGCCGCGGUCUUCCUGCGAAGGCCCAGCCUAAUGGUAAAGGCAAAGCCGCUACUUCACCCACCACAUCCGCCGAAACCAAGAAACGUGGUGCUGCCGCUUCUGACGCCAAGCCGAAGGCUAACGGCGACAGGGUCGCCCGCUCACUCUUCGGCAACGACAUUCACACCACGAAUCUCGAUGAUUCUGAGGAUGACGAUAUCAAGGUCCUGGAUAUGAGCAAGGAUAUCCCACCCCCGACGCCCGCUCGUAGGGGCCCUGGUCGCCCGGCUCGUGUUAAGAAGGAGCCGGAGCCAGAGGAUGAGAUUCGCGUCAGCCAUGCUAGUGUGUUCGAUGACGACGAUUGGCUCGACGAUGGUGAGGUCUAA